CUGAGAGGACGUCAUAUGACGUCCUCCCAUUCUCACCGCGCAUGCGCGGCUCAGGGAGCGCGCAGCGUGGCGAUCGGCAGUGUGCUGUGUCCCUUGGACACAGCCGAUCAUCAAUCACGGAAAGAGCUCGGUCAUGUGAUCACCUGUGUCCAAUCACAGCUGAUCACAUGGGACAUGUACACUGAUCAUCAGGGCACUGAUGAUCAGUGUGCCCUGAUGAUCAGUGUAGCCCCAGCAGUGCCACCUGUCAAAGUCCAUCAGUGCCAGCUGUCAGUGCCGAUCAGUGCCACCUGCCAGUGCCUAUCAGUGCCACAUGAAUGCCACAUACCAGUGCACAUCAAUGCCACAUAUCAGUGCCCAUCUGAGCUGCCUUUCAGUGUCAUCCAUCAAUGCCAAUCAGUGCCACCUAUCAGUGCUGCCAAUCAGUGCCGCCUAUCAGUGCCAGUCAGUGCCGCCUAACAGUGCCAUAUAUCAGUGCCAUGUAUCAAUGCUGCCUUUCAGUGCCCAUCAGUGAUGCCUGUCAAUGCCCAUCAGUG